UCGACUACGCGGCCUGCGGAAGCCGGAAGUGGCUGCUGAGAGUCAGAAAGAACGUCAGUGGCUCCCGGUGAUGAUGUAACCGGUACCGCCGGGGCCCCGACACCGAGAGCGGCACCGGGACUGCAGCCAUGAACCUGCUGCCCUCCAACCCGCACGGGAACGGCCUGCUGUAUGCCGGCUUCAACCAGGACCACGGAUGCUUCGCGUGUGGGAUGGAGAAUGGCUUCCGGGUUUAUAACACCGAUCCGCUGAAGGAAAAGGAGAAACAAGAGUUCAUGGAGGGCGGCAUUGGAUACGUAGAAAUGUUAUUCCGAUGUAAUUAUCUGGCUCUGGUCGGGGGCGGGAAGAAGCCCAAAUAUCCACCCAAUAAAGUCAUGAUCUGGGACGACCUGAAGAAGAAAACUGUGAUUGAGAUCGAGUUCUCUACGGAGGUGAAGGCCGUGAAGCUGCGCAGAGACAGGAUCGUGGUGGUGCUGGAUUCCAUGAUUAAAGUCUUCACCUUCACCCACAACCCCCAUCAGCUGCACGUCUUUGAAACCUGCUACAAUCCUAAAGGUCUCUGCGUCUUGUGUCCAAACAGCAAUAACUCCUUCCUGGCCUUCCCCGGGGCUCACACCGGCCAUGUGCAGAUCGUAGACCUGGCCAGCACUGAGAAGCCCCCCGUGGACAUCCCCGCACACGAGGGGGUCCUGAGCUCCAUCUCUUUAAAUCUACAAGGGACCAGAAUCGCGACCGCAUCAGAGAAGGGAACUCUCAUUAGAAUAUUCGACACGACUUCUGGACAUUUAAUUCAAGAGCUGCGCAGAGGGUCACAGGCCGCCAACAUUUACUGCAUAAAUUUCAACGAGGACGCCUCUCUGAUCUGCGUCUCCAGUGAUCACGGCACUGUCCACAUCUUUGCAGCAGAGGACCCCAAGAGAAACAAACAGUCCAGUUUGGCCUCCGCCAGCUUCCUCCCCAAGUACUUCAGCUCUAAGUGGAGCUUCUCCAAGUUUCAGGUUCCCUCCGGAUCGCCUUGUGUUUGUGCCUUUGGAACAGAACCACACUCUGUUAUAGCUAUCUGUGCGGACGGCAGCUACUACAAAUUCCAGUUCAACCAGAAGGGAGAGUGCACGAGGGACGUCUACGCGCAGUUUUUAGAAAUGACGGACGACAAGCUCUGAGCCCCUCUGAGGAGGGAACGGACUCCAUGUCAGGAAUGCGGCAGAAAUGUCGGGGAGGGGGAACCCCAAGAACUGAAAGAAAAAUCCAUUUUUUUUAACAAUUUUUUUUUUUUUAACAAUCUGUUCGGGUCUCAUCACAUUUUAUCUAUGAAAUCCUGGCUUUGCCCCCCCCACAGAGCAGUAACGGCGCGCUGCGUGGUCCGUCAGUCUUUUCAUUUCUGCCACAGACUGCAUUGAAUUAACGCUCGUAGAUGAAGAAGGUUCCUUGGGUUCUAGAACGUUCUGGAUACAGUAUUAAAGGCGGGACUAUCCAGUACAGAUCCCGUAAUAUUAUAUGUAAUAGACAUGAUAAAGAAGGAAACCUCCUCACAUAGCCCCCCCUGUGCCCCUCAGUCAAGGAAGGCCAAGACAGCCUGGGUGUGCAGUGCACAUUGUGACCUAGCAGAUGGUUUGCUACAAUGUAUCGGUGGAGGUAUGCGCCAUCAGCCUUGAGUUUUUCUAUAAACUGAGUUAAAGGGGCCCUCCACCUCUAGACCUGAAAUUGCGAAGGUCAUACUGCCUGACAGCUCUAUGUAAGUCACUCCAUGCCAACCCUCCAUUGGCAGUAUUAAUCAGAGAUUUUAAUUAAUGAAGGUGACCUGAAAGGAUGAUUUAGGAAUCGCUACAAUUGUAUCAGUUAAUCCGUUCCAUCGUUAGCUAAUCAACACUCGCCAUUUCUUCUCAUUCUGGACAUUAUUGCUGUAUCUGGCCCUUUAAGAGUGCGGAGACGUCUAUGGAGUUGGCAUAGCAGGGCUCCCACAAACACAGCGCCACUUUUAUUUGGAGGUUACACCUGGUAUUGCAGCGCCAACCAUGACCAGGAGAGUAGGGGAUGGCGUCUGGCAGCCUGGACCAUGUCACACUAACCCAACCACUAAUAAUGGUCCAGUCCUGGAGACGGUUUAUACCAAGUGCAUAAAGCAGGAGCUGUGGUGAUCCAUGGGGGGAGGGGUUCUGCUGCCGCCGCCUCCUGUACCUGACAUUAGUACUAAACUUUUAUGUAGAUUUUUUGGGAGUGUUCAUUUCUGCAUGUGGCUUAGUGCAAUUAAUCAUGGAUUUUUUUUCUUCUUGUUUUGCACAUGUUUGUAAGAUACGUUAAUGCUUUUUAAUAAAAAACAACCAAAUUA